AGGUUAUUGGCCAUUAAAAUACCUGCAUAUAUAGAAAUCAUUCCAAUAUAUCAUGUAAAACCUAUCAGUUAUUCGGUACCAUUGCCAUCACUCUCUAGUACGCCGCAAAAGACAUCAGCCAGACUUCCCAAUUUCCGGCCACAACCAUACCUGCUACGCUUGCGCCGCCGCCUCCCCCCUUGUCUUCGCUUCCCGUGCAAGCUUCACCGCCGCCGUCUCCGACUCCCUUCGCGAUGCGACCGCUUUCGCGCCACGAUUCCUCUAUCCCCGCCUUCCCCGCCCGCGCCGGUUCUUGCACUUGACCGACCCAAUCCGCCUAUCUGUUCCCCUCUUCCGUGCGAGAGGUACUAUCGCCGGCCGUUUCGUUUCGAGGCUGAUCGGAUCGGCGGCAGAUGGGCCGCGACGCUGAGGAUACUUCGUCUCCGGUGUCCUCGUCGGAAUUGGAGCAGGAAGACGACGACGAUUGCUACCUGAGCGAUCAGGGGGACGAUGCCCUAGAAGAGUCUGUUCUCCAUGUUCUCGAGGACGAGCACCUCGAGGACUGCCAUUGGUCUGCCUCAUCUGUGAUCACCAAGGAAUCCCUUUUGGUGGCGCAGAGAGAGGAUCUUAGGAAGGUGAUGGAGCUGCUAGGGUUGAGGGAGCACCAUGCCCGGACGCUCCUCAUCCACUACCGCUGGGACGUGGAGAGGAUUUUCGAGCUUCUUGAUCAGAAGGACAGGGAUAGGCUCUUCUCGGAGGCUGGUAUUCCUCUUCAGUACACCAGGAAUGCCGGCCCAACCUCCUCGGCGGAGGUGACCUGCAAUGUUUGUUAUGAUGAUGUGCCACCCUCGGCUGCCUCCGAGAUGGAUUGUGGCCAUAGCUACUGCAAUGAUUGUUGGACUGAAUAUUUCAUUGUGAAAAUAAAUGAGGGUCAGAGCCGGCGUGUCAGGUGCAUGGCUCCAAAGUGCAAUGCUGUUUGUGAUGAAGCAAUAAUUCGAAAACUAGUCACUGCAAGACACCUAGAUAUCGCAGAACGCUUUGAAAGAUUUUUACUGGAAUCAUAUAUUGAAGAUAAUGAUACAGUCAAGUGGUGCCCAAGCACACCACAUUGUGGAAAUGCUAUACGCGUCAAGGGCGAUAUUUAUUGUGAGGUGGAGUGCACAUGUGGAUGCCAGUUUUGUUUUAAUUGCUCUUUACGAGCACACUCACCGUGUUCCUGCAUGAUGUGGGAGCUCUGGAUCAAGAAAUGCCGUGAUGAAUCAGAAACAGUGAAUUGGAUAACAGUAAAUACUAAGCCCUGUCCCAAGUGUCACAAACCUGUGGAGAAGAAUGGUGGCUGCAACCUGGUUGCAUGUAUAUGUGGACAAGCAUUCUGCUGGUUAUGUGGGGGUGCUACAGGUAGAGAUCACACAUGGUCAACUAUUAGUGGCCACAGUUGUGGCAGGUUCACUGAUGAUCAGACUAAGAAGACAGAACAAGCAAGGCGAGACCUCUAUAGAUAUAUGCACUACCACAAUAGAUACAAGGCUCACACCGACUCUCUUAAGCAGGAAGCAAAGCUAAAGAAUGAGAUCCAGGGGAAGAUAUCCAUUUCAGAAAAUAAGGAAUCAAAGAUAAAAGAUUAUUCUUGGGUCAUAAAUGGGUUAAACAGGUUGUUCAGAUCAAGGCGUGUUCUUUCAUAUUCGUAUCCGUUUGCAUUCUACAUGUUUGGUGAUGAGAUUUUCAAGGAUGAGAUGACUCCUGAGGAAAGAGAACUGAAGCAGAAUUUAUUUGAGGACCAGCAACAACAGUUAGAAUUUAAUGUCGAAAGACUGUCUGGUUUCCUUGAGAAAGAUUUUCAACUUUUUACCGAUGAUGAGGUCAUGGAUACAAUGAAGCAUGUUAUAAAUCUUUCCAAUGUGGUUGAUAGGCUCUGCAAACAAAUGUAUCAAUGCAUUGAGAAUGAUUUGUUAUAUCCUCUACGCACACCUCACAACAUUGCUCCAUACAAAUCUAAGGGCAUUGACAGGGCCUCGGAGCUCAAUAUUAGUUGGGAUCCUGGUGAACAAAGUUCACAGUCAACAAAACAUAGCCAGGAUGAACACAGGAACAAACAAGCAUCAAAUAUUUCGGGUAAACGAACUCAUGAAUUGCAUGGUUCGAGUUCUUCUAACAAGCGAGAGAGGGUAGAUGUUAACGGUGGUGGUGGUGCACUUUUUGAUCUCAACGUGCCAGCUGAAGUGGUGGACAAGAUCUGAAACUUCAUUAUCUGAUGGGUGAUGGCACAUUCCUUUGAACUGUACAGCUGACUUAAGCUUCGUCACCAACAUAAAGGAAAAAAUACUGUUCUUUUUUGCUGCCUUACCACCAUAGAGUACCUGCAUGUCAAAUUUUUACCCUGGUGCUUGUAUCCCAAGGUAUAGAGUAGCUUUUAAGUUAUAUGUUGUAUUUCAUGGCAUGAUCUGAAGCCAAUGUUCAUAGUUCUGAUGAAGUUGUACCCCUCAAGCAAGAUGAGGAUAUUUUGGAAUAGAACCAUGCCUGUGUUGCAAAUUCCAGAUAUAAUGUAUGCAGCAUGGUGAAAAGGGAAUUGUUUGUUGAGAAGAAUGUGAGUGAUUAUUUCCUGGCAAAUGGGUGGUUCUAUUGACAAUGAAGACAAUGACUGAUUCGUCGUAUUAAAUGUGCACUUUGUUGCAACUGGCAACCAUCUUGUUUCUAGGACAGCUUUGUAUUCAACCUGUGAAAAUCCCGGUUUUCUGGGCACACAUUCCAGAUUAUUAUGGAUAACUGCAUUCUACUGUAGCUGCGGGAGGAGCUGCAAGAUAUCAAUCAGGUGCGGUGCGUGUUGACAGUGUGUUCCUUCGUUUCUUCACAUUCAAGUGUUAUCCGCCCUCCUGUAUUUUACCAAGAUAACACUUUCUCGAGAAAAGGGUCUUAGAGUUGUGUUUUGAUGU